GUGACCUAAAAAAAAAAAAAAAAAAGAGCAUUACAAUCACAUGUGCAUGCUGUGGAAUCCAGUGCCAUGGAAGCUGCAGUCUAUGUUCUAAAGUGUUUUUUUUAGAGCUAUUAUUGUCCUAUGUAAUGCAGGGUUUUAUUUUCCAUGGCUAAUUUUGCUCAAUGUCAAACAUUGACUUUUUGCCCACGUUAGGCAGAGAAGUAUCAAUUUCUACGAUGUUAUUUGAGCUUUUCCCUCUGUUAUAUUUUAUAGGUCCAAGAGAAAAGCUUUCCAAUUGGAUGCAGGGCUAUUAGAUGGGGGAUAUACCCUGGGUAAAUUUUGGAGGUCAUCUGCAGUAUAAAAGUGGGUUGUCUUAACUAUAACCAGCUCUUGUAUUUCUCUAUCAUGCUGCAGUGUUGUCAUGGGGCAUCUGCCACCCUGCCUUAUUGCAGCAACUUCUUGUAGUCACUGAGCCUUUUUCUUUUUAACAUUCAAGAGUUUCUCCAGCCACUGGACUUGAAAAUUACGUUAUUUUACUGUGAAGAAGUGUUGCACUGGAAGGCACUGUCUUUAGCAGGGGUUGCUGUUCUCAGCUUUCUACUGGAGGACACAAUCAAUCCCCAGAGCUCUGUUUGUAUCUCUCCGGGAAGCUCUGCUGGAUCCGAUCCCCCAAGAUGUCUGUUUAUAUUUCUCCCCUUAUAAGUUUUUCCUUUCUAUACAUAGGGGACCAUAAGGGGACAUCCCCGUGUCCAAAGUACCCUGUCCCAGAAACAAAGUGCUCAGGUGCUGAGAGCAGUUAUGUUGGGAGGAAAAUAUAUGUGAUCUGUAUGAGCUAGCAUUUAAACAGGAAAUCACUGUAUAAAAAUUCAUGUGAACUACUGUUGUUUCCUUAAAGAAUUUUUCAAGCACGUUGCAUGACCUAGCCUCCUUUUGAGGAGAAUGAGCAGGCAUUAGAUCUUGCAUCUGUCAGAGCAAUGCGCAUAUCUCAGCUUCCUGUUUCUAGCAAGAUAGCUGUCUUCACACUCUGGAGCUCCUGUAUCAAAAGUCAAAACCCUUCUAGACGUUCACGACAGUGGUGUUUGGCUUAGCAAGGCUAUCGCCAUAGUUAGAUGAUGGAGGUGAGAAGGUAGCGGAGGUCUCUGUGUUGCACAGUUAAACCCCAGCCUGGUUUCUGACCAGGAAAAUAUGAGGUAUGGCAACUGGCUGGAGUGUAUUUGCCACUCUGUCAGCCACAUUUAAGCUGUUUUUUUGAAAUGUGUCAAUUAAUUCCAAGAACAAGUCAAAUAUGACGUUAGAUUUGGAGGUGAGGAAAAAAAGCUUUCAGAGGCUAUAGGUCUAUGUACAGAGACACCGGCUGUUCAGCUCGCCAAAUCUGCUGCCACCUGCAGCCUUAUCAUUGGCAUUUUAGGCCUCCCACUAGUUUGACUAUACAAAUGUCUCAGCUCCUAUUGAGUUGCUCAUUUGCAGCCAACAUAUUGCCACUUAAAAGUAGUUGCUUGUUUCUGGCUGAGUUGCCUACUGGGCUUUGUAACAGCUCUCUGUAUUUGUUUGUUGAGUAUAAAGUAUUUUACUACUGGGUGUAGCUCUUUCUGAAGUCUGUCUCCUGGCAAUAUUUUCACUGAAAGGAAGUAUAAAUAUACUAUAUUUACCUUACCAUGAUGCCAUUUUAGUCAUGCUGCUUGAGUCAUGCUAGUACAUUUUGUGCCAGAAUAGUACUCGAAGGUCAGCGGAGUAGGGUCUACUCCCAUGUUCACUUGAAAAAAACACAAUAGUACAGGAACACAAAUAAUGUUUUGCUAAUUUUUUUUUUUCACUUGUAAAACACAAUUGGUGGAAAAAUAGCUUCACUAUCAGAAGAUGGGGUUGUGCAUUUGAUACUUCUGUUAGAUCUAAUUUAGAAAAAGAAAGAAGGACAAGAAAAAAAAAAGAAAGAGAAGAAAGUGAAAGAAAGAAGAAAAGAGAGAGAAAGGAAAAAAGAAAGAGAAAGGAAAAAAGAAAUAGAGAAAAAAAGAGAAAGGAGGAGAGGAGAGCAAAGGAGAGGAGAAAGGAAAUCCAGCACCGUUAUGCUUGUAUGACCUGUAGAGGACUGCUCCAAAGCAUACUAGAAUAACUUAGAGUAGAUGGAGAAGGAAGCAGAAUAUCAUACAGAGUUUUUUGAAAUAACCUGAAGGUAAGGUAUUUGGGGAACAUGAGACACAUAUUAGCAGAAGAGAGUCCAGGAGCUAGGCUGUUUAACAUCUCAGAGCUGUGAAACUAUGUUUAACAGAAGCAAUGGUUGUACAUUCUGUUCCUCAUUGGUUUCCUGCUGUCUCUCUAGUAUGGCAGAUUCCUUUCUUCGCAAAAAUGGAAGUUUAGAUGGUCUCCCUUUCAUUUCUCCUCCCAGAAAAUGUGUCAUGCCUUUAAGCUGUUGUUGCUAAAGCAAGUUUAUUAACAUAUGCAGAAAUCACUUAAGCUUUUCAAACAAAACUUGGGACGUAAGGAUCUAAUUAUGUGAUAGUAUAGUUGAUAAUCACUUUAAAUGUAAAACGCCCCACAAAAAUUUGGUAGCAGCUUUGAGUAUCUGCAAGCUGUCAACUUGAGGUGCCACUGAAAGUACCAUUAUUCUGAUGUAACAUAAAUCCAGGUUGUUCAGAGGAUAUCUUCUAAUCUAGAAACAAUACAGAGGAAAUAAAGGCAGAAUCCACGACACAGUUCUCCUGAGCUUAGGAGGGAGAUUACUGCUUUGCUCUUCAAUUGCUACUCAAAAUCCACACCUUUCUUCUGUAAAUUGGCUGCAAGAGGAAGGUGCUGAACAUCCCCUGCAAGCAGGGGGAUUCUGUUUUUAUUUCCACUGUCUGAAAAAGGAGAUGAGAGUGCUGCUUGUCCACACAGCAGGUGCUGUAUGCUCAGCUGAGGAGUCUCCAUCACCGUGGUAUUUUCAGUAUUUCUCAAUGUUAAUCUUCAAGCUUCACUUUUCAGAUGGAGAAAGCUUCUUAUUUCCUUUCCCCUUUUUUAACAGGUGGUAAAAGGAUUUGCUGAAGAUACAUAUGGUGCUGGCAAGUGCAAAAAUAGAAAUUCGUCCUCUGAACUCUUGCCUUGUAUCCCACCCUGUGGGUGGUGACUCUGUUAGGAGAUGGGGAGAAAAAUGGCAAAUAGAGCCAGGAUGUUUAUCUUUGCAAUUCAGAAUAAGCAAACUAUCAGCCACACAAAGAGUCUUUCAGAAAGGGACAUCUUCUGUUACUGUUCCUACUAAAAGCCAUUCAGGUCAAUAAGCUGGGUUAUGAAAGGAGGCAUGUACAUUCUCGAGCCCUUGUCUCUUCAUGACUUUUCCAUCAGCACUGUUGCUCCCUUGUGCACAGGCUGCUGCUUUCUCUCGGUGGCCUAGGGCUUUACAUCUGAUUCAUUCUCCUGCUUGUUGCUAACUCUCCGUCUGAAGGAAGUUUAUUCUUUUCACUGAUGGCAUUUUACAUUUUGGGUUGGGGUGUCUCCUUCCUCUUAAAAGAAUGAGCUCUUUUCUUUCCCUUAGUGAUCCUGUUUUGCUGUUUUAAUAUAAAAACUGCAGUUCCUAGCAUAGGUGACAGAAAGUGGCUUGCUCCUUCUACUUCAGAGGAGAAAUACAAGGAGGAGAGUGCUCUGAUCUUCGGUUCUGGAGUCUUAGUGCAUCACUUACAGCUGCCAGGUCUUAAAAUACUUACUUUCAUUUGCAGCUAAGCACUUAUGACUGUGAAACAUAUAUCUUUAGUCAUUGUUGUAAAGGCAGGCACUAACAGUAGGGAAAAAAAUGAAAAAAAAAAAAAAAAGCAAAUGCUGUGCCUUGUUUUUUGACAGAGAUGUGUUGCAGCCUGAUGGAGAAAUAGCAGAACAUCGAGUCUUUGCAAGCUGACUUCUAAGGAAAAAGAAGCCAUGCUAUGGACUCUUAUUACAAGUAGGAAGUAUCUUAUUUACAAAGAGCUCUCCAAACGCAAGGCCUGUCAGAGUUUUUGUAACAGGGAUUCUUUUUCCCAAAGAUGUUGAUCUUCUGUGCCCGUACCCAGGGCACAGAGGGCAGCUCUGCGCUAACAACUUGCUUGAUGCUUCCAAAAUCCUAAUCUGUCCAGAGAUCAGCAGGUACUGAUGCUAGGCUCAUUAAUAGUCUUCAGAUGGAAAAGGAUGACCCAUCAGCCCACCAAGUCACCUCUUGUGCACCUGCACAGGACAGCAUCUCUCCUGCCCCCAUCCUCUCCAGCCUGUGGCAGAAAGUUGCUGAUGAUAAGGAUAAUUGUUCCUAAAAGGGUCAUUUUCUUCCAGGUAAGAGAGAGGAGGGUAGGAGAACUUGUGAUGGUGGGACAAAAAUGUCUACAUACCAUUGGAGUUUGGGGGUAUUUGUCUCUGGAACCUUAGUCAGCUUCCAAAAGGAAGGGAGGAGACAGAAAGAAAGGAAGAAGCUGGCUUUAGAGCUCAGUAAUAGAGAUGAAAUUGCCUGCAACUCUGGGACAGCUCUGUUCAUUGCAUCUCUACUGUAUUUGUGCUUAAAAUAUUCAGAUAGCUGGGUGAUGUUUUGACACAUCAUGUUUGGGUUUCCAAACUGCUGGUGGAGGACCAAGAGCUUUCUAUCGUUUGCAAGCAGGGAAAGGAGCCUGUUGAGCUGUGGCAAAGUCAAACGCAGACCUUGUUUUCUGCAUCUCACAGAACCACAAGGGAAUGUCACGGGUAGGAGAGGCACACUGAUAACACCAGCCACAGAAGUGCGGGGGUGGACAAAGGAAAUUUCCUCGUCAGCUUGUGAACAUGAUAAAGAGUGCAAAUACGCAGGCAUGCAAACACUGGCUACUUAGCAAAACACAGCGACUCCGAGUCUGUGGAUUGUAUUAGCCCAGGUGUUCACUGCCUCUGGCACACCAAGCUUGCCAUCUUCCACUUUGGGUUUUUCUUCCCCUUUUCCCCGUGACCCUGCAUAAAUCUCAUCAAUGAUUCUACCAAAAAAAGCACGGCAUAUGUGGAGGAGGGAUUUUAUCCUGCUUUUUGUGUGUGUGUGUAACUUGAGUUGCAAAGCUCAGCUGGGGCUUUCCUGCAAGGAAGGGCUGCUGAAGGUCUUAGUAUGUCCUCUUCUUUCUUUUGGAGCUCUGCCUGUCCCCUGAUCCUGUUGGAGCACAGAUGACCUCACUUCUCCAAGUUCCUAGAUCCCUGCAAUAUACAGUUCAGAAAUCCCAGUGUUUUCACCAUGCUCUAAAGAAGCCCCCAGGACUAUAGAAGAUGUGCAGAGCUCAAGCAAACAUUCAUGCCCCAGGACAGCAGGAAACUGAGGGAAUCCAUGCUUUUCCUGCUUGGAUAAAGCAUAAAGAGUUGAUAAAUAGUUAUCCAGGUGAACCAGUCAGCCAUGCUUGGUUGAGAAAUAUGGUAUAUGGGAUAAAUAAUGUGGAAACUGAAGAAAAGAGUAUGAGUAAUCAGUUCUAACCAUCCACAACUGUUUCUGGCAGGGGCAAAACAACCUACCAGGCAAAAUGAAUUAGGAAGGUGAACACAGCCAAAAAAAAAAAAAAAAAAAAAAAACCACCUCCCACAAACAAAACAAACAAAACAAAAAAACACCUUACAUAAAAUACUUGCAUAUAUACAUAUAAAUAUGGGCAUAUAUAUAUACAACCCACUUUCCCAACCUCACUUUUCCAAAUAUCCAUUAUUGUUUUAAGCAAAUGCUCCUGAUCCAAGGAUGUUAAUGGAGGCAUAUUUUCAAAAUUAACUUAACAAAAAUAGCAUAAUAAAAAAAAAGUAGGCAGGGAACUCAACAUUCCUGUGAAAGGGAAGAUGUGAGUCAGUAACCAUACACAUUCCAGCAAUUUUUUUUAAAUCCAUCGGUAAUGUGGUGCAACAGUCAACAGGCGACCAAUCUGGCAAAGCAAAUGGUUGCUUCCAUCUCUGAAAUAGGAACAUGUGGGUAUUUUCAGAGCAGAAGACUGGAUUUAGUGAACUUAGGCUGCGGCAUUGCAAUAUAUCUUCCUACCGUGUAAUUAAGAAAGAAUUAGUAGCCUUUGACUGUUGAGAAACCACUGGCCUCAUUUAAUCUAAAACAAGUGAGGAGGGGAUAGGAAAGAAUCUCUCAAAGGACUCUUUUCUUACGCUUAUUAAAAAUCCUGUAUCUAUGAAGUGAAUUAUCGUAUAAUCUGUGUAAACUUUACUUUUAUCCAUGGUCCCUACCUUUUACCCACGGUCCAUAUCUUAAUGGAGAAGGGUUGGUUGUGUGGACCACCUCUUCACAGUCCCGGUGUUUCUACAGAAGUACAGAAGUACAUUGACUGCGUAUGUUAAAGACGUAGUAAUCAAACAUGACAUAGGAGUUGAAAGGAAGAGGCAGCACCGAGACAGACUCUUUGAAGAUUACUACUACGAUACAGACCAUGCAUGGGUGGUACAUCACCAUUUGAAAGUCACUCCAAUACUCAAACAACUUGGAAGAUGUGCAGAGAGCACAAGAAGUUGGGGAGAGAAACCCAGCUGGGAGCAUACUCCAGAGAGAAGAUGCAGAGGCGACAUGACAGGAUUGUGAGCAAAAACAGAGACCAGUUUGCUGAGCAAGAAAAAAGAAGCAGAAUUAACCACUCGAAGAGAAGGGUUGGAAGGCAUGAGGUGCAGUCCUGGACAAGAGCUACCAAACAAUCUUUGUGUCUCAUGUGGCAAAAAGUGAAAAUACAGCUAACGCUAAGCAUGUCUUUCCUCAUUGCUGUUUUUUGGUAUUGCAGAAGGCUAUAUGGCUUUUUAGCACAGCUAUUGAAACGGUGGAGCAACUACCUUCAAAGAAAACUCAUAAAGAAUCACAGUGUGUUGGCAGAAGUUGAUCUACUUGGCUAUAGUGCAAGAGAAUGGAAAGGAGAAACAAAGCAGGCCAAACAUAUGAGGGAGGCAUAUAAUGAAUUGUUUUGGAACUAUCAUAUCAAGUAUCUGCGACAGGUCAAGAAGGACAACUAUUGCGUGCUAAGAGCAGUACUUUUUCAAAUACUCAGCCAAGGCAUUCCUUUUCCAUCAUGGAUGAGGGAGAGAGAUAUCUUAAAGCUCCCUGAAAAGCUUUUGUAUUCUCAAGGUUGCAACUGGAUUCAGCAGUACAGUUUUGGUCCAGAAAGAUAUACAGGUCCCAACGCUUUUGGGAAAUUACGCAAAUGUAUGGAAACAUUAAAGACAAACUGGAUUGAAAUAAGUGGUACUAAAGAUCACGAAGAAAGAGGAAACCUAUGUAAUGCACUCUUUUCUGAUGAGAGCAAGGAGCACAAACUAUAUGAGGCCAUAAAAUUCAUCAUGCUUUAUGAAGUUGUCGAAGCCUAUGAGCAGAUAAAGAACAGGGAAGAACCUAUACCUCAUCUUUUUAGCCUCCUCCUUGCUCGGGAUACUUCGUCUGACCCUUUGAGUUUCAUGAUGAAUCAUCUGAAUUCCAUAGGUGACUCUGGUUGCCUAGACCAGGUUGAAAUAUUUCUUCUUGGAUACUUACUUGAAGUGAAGAUUAGAGUUUACAGACUGCAUAGGUUUAAUACUGAAGAUUUUCAAGUAAACUAUCCAGAUGAGUACCGAAGGGAAUGGAAUGAGGUUUCUCUCCUGACUGAGGAUGACCACUAUUAUCACAUCCCUGUUAUCAGAACAUGAAGGACCAGUGACUGUUCUUUUCCUUUGUAUAAUAUAGUGAGUAACCGGUUCCAGUGAAUUAAGUUUCUAAUUGGCGGCAGAAAUGCACGUUGAUGAUUACAAAAUGAUUUGUGGGCUUAUUGUGUAAACACUUUGCUUUCCCAUUACAGCUCAAUUCACUGCCAGUCAGCCAUAAAGAAGCAUAAAAUAUAAUGUUAUAUACUGUCUGGGUGUCAUAUUUGAGGGUUGUUGGACACACAAGAUUAGACUGAAUGACCAAGAAAGAAAAGGUAACGUUAUGUUUUCCUUUGUUAGGCUAAUGGUUUAUUCUGGCAAUAUCUGGAUGGUUUAAACUUAAGUUCCUAAAGCAAUUCCUGCCUUUCCCUUUUCUGUCCCUAGCUAGGGUGGAUGAAUCACACAGGAGGCAACUCCUGGGGUCCCGAGUUUAUACUCCAGGACAUGAAACUUGCACUGAUUUGAGGCUGCCCAGCAUGUGAGGCUGUAAACUAGGGCCACUGUGUAGCUGACUCAGAUCACAUCAUGCUUUCACAGUUGCAGUGUCUCCCUCCAGAGACAGAAAGAGCAAACAGCUGCAGACUGUAGUUACUUCAGACACUUGAAAUUAAGCUGUCUGCACUCAGUACUGAUAUCUGAAGCUGAAGAAGUGUUACAAAGAAUGAGAGAAAAACCACACACACACACACACACACACACACACAAGAAUAUAGUGCCAGAUAAAAGUUUAGACUCCAGUGUUUGAAGAAAUCUGUCUGGGACAACUAAAUGAGACUUACUUUAUUACAUGGGACCUUUUGCCUGAUUCUAUUUUCUAAAAGGCUCACUUGUGUUUUGAUUAUUUCUAAAAUGAGGGACCUUAACUUGUACAAAUAUUAAAAUGAUACAGUAGAUCUUGCAAAAUAUUUGUGAAAUACUUAAAAUCCCAUAGGUAUCAGUUACAUUGAAAAAGUGGGGGGUUAUUAUUAGCUAAAGUCUCUUCUUUCAUUGUCGUACAGAUACAGGAGUAGGUAGGUUUGGUUUUAAUUCCUGCAGGGGAAAAUAGAAGCCCCUAGUAGUAAUUAAGUCCCUUUAGUAGUAAUUAAGAAUACAAAACUGUAAUCUGGGCAUGCAGGAGCUACAGCAGUUGAAUGUGGUAACUAAAUGGUAAUGCUUGGAGUGCACAAAGACUGCUCUGCUCCUUUGUGCAAAGGAAAGAAAUUUUAUCCCUUACAGUCCUUUUAUUUGUAUGUAUAUGUAUUUAUAAAUACAAACACCUGAGUGCUGUAUUAUAGCAGGUUUGUUUCUUGAAAGUUUUUCCAAGUUCAGUUUUGUUCAGCAGUUUGUAGCUUUUAAUUAAAAAGGCUUGAUACAUACAAGAAUUUCAUCUCAUCAAGACCUGCAUGUCGAAUAUUUAGUUUAAAAAACAAACAAACAAAAAACCAACUUUUUUCACUGAAAAUUUUCACUUUUUUUCCCACUUUAGAUUUGGUUCUGCUCCAUGUGGGGAAAUGUUAUAAUGCCUGGGCAUAGGGUAUUGUUGUCUGUUUUUCAUCAACAGUAUGUAUAACACUUGCACCUAUCAAUAAACUUGUCUAUAUUUUAUUCUUGUUUUGGUACAAGCAGACAUACCAAAAAAUUGUAUACUUUUAUAGAGAGCUUUUUAAUUGUUUGCUAUUAUUUAUGAAUAGCAAUGCAAAAGCAUGAUAGCUGAAAGUGCUAAAUUGUCAAAAUGUAUGUUUAUGUAAUGUCAAGCACCUUAAUAGAAGGGAAUUAAUAAAGAUCUAACACAGACAGUGAAAUUUA